AUGCUGAAAGUUCUUCACACGAAAGCUGCCGCGGAGCCGAUCUUGCUGGCAACGACGUGCCACAACAUGAAUCUGUUCGCCAUCGUCACACGGUCGUUGGUGGUCGUGUACCGCUCCACCACUCUCACAGUCGUGACAACUCUCCCGCUCAAAAUGAAGAAAAACGAGACGAUGGUGUCUGCCUGCUGGUCGCCAUCCGGGCGGCUUCUUGCUAUCGGUCUCCAGUGUGGAGAGUUGUACCUUCUCGACGUCGAGAGCGGCGACCUGAUACGGCGCUUUGUACCGCGGAGUGACAUUGCGUUUGCCAUCAAAGAUGCAGAUGCGAAAACACUUUCCGGCAUUAUCGACACCUCCGCAGGAAACGAAAUCAACAACAAUGAAGAUAAGGAUGGCAUCGACGGUGACAAGGAGGAUGAUCCGCUGCGUCAACCCCCUAUUUUACCCAUCUCGGUGGAUGGGGCGAUCGUUGCGUGUACGUGGGCCUCCGUUGCCCCAUCUACAUCAGCGUUGCAUAGUCACAAUGAGCUGUGUUUGCCCCUGAGCACGACUGUCUCCUCGCCUAUUUUUGAGGAGCUGGAGCGUGAGGACGACAUACCUGUGAUGCUGCUGCUGGAUCAGAGGGGCGGGAUAACUUUUCUUCCUGGUGGUAUGCAGGAGGUGUAUGUUGUCGUUGUGAAUCUUCAAUGGGCACUGGAUCCGUGUCGCAUGCGUGUUGAUGCAUUUUUUGUGGCCGCCGCGCCACCGCUAUCAAAUGUCAAGAAGGGCGAGAGCAAUCGCUGUUCGAGCAAUGCUGUGAUGUGUGGUGAAAAUACGGGUUCACACUCCGCGUAUCUUGUGGUGCGGGAAAGAGACGGAGAGACAUCAUCGCGAGCCUCCUCGCAGGUGGUGCGCGUGCAUCUUUCUGACACCAUUGCACGUGUGGCAGAUCGCGAGGCAGUUGCUAUAUGCUCUAUCGUCGAGUACUGUCGUAUGGGUAAGGUUUCCUAUCAGUUUGUGCGAAAACGCUGGGAAAGUCUUAUUCGUGCAGUUCGGAAGGAUUUAUUUCUGCCUCAGAACGCCCUUCUGCUUCGGGAUGCACUUAUGGAAGAUAUUGCGCGGCCCUCCCCGGCGGAGUUGUCAGUUUAUUUUAGAGGACUGGACUUGGAUGCAAUUGUGAAGGACACGGAGGAGCUUUCGAGGCAGUUUACGCAUCUUGUGCUGCAAGUCUCUAAUGUUGCAUACCGCUGCUAUGAACUUGCCCUCCACCUCUCACAGGCACACUCCGGCGAUCGACAGCGUCAGUGUCUUUUGAUGGACGUCAUUGGUGGGUUACGGCAGCGUUGUAGCAGCUUUCUGCGACAAAUGCGGCUCGAGGUGGAUCGAGAGAAGGAUCUUGUGCACUGGGUUGUACAGCGCGCCGCACCAGCAGGAAGUAAGUUUUUCGCGUCUCACCCCCCACUGCGUGCGGUGCGGUAUCCAUCUCUACUGCGCACUCUCCACCGCAUCGCGCGUGGUGAAUCCACGGCAUUUUCUCUCGUCGAUGAAAACAUCACGCGGGGGGAAGAGGAUUUGCUGUACAUCGUCAAGGGGUGCUUGCUGGGCGGCAGGGAGGCCGUUGCUCGCGUGGUGCCACUGCUGGAUGACAUUAACGUUGAGUCAAUUCUUCAGAGGCAGUGCGAAGUGCUCGUGCCACACGUGGCGGCAGGGUCAGGGGCGGAAUGCGUGCAGCUGCAUACCGUGACAGUGACAAAGUCGCAGCCCUGUCAACCCCUUAUGGCCUCCUAUACAUUUGAGCCACGCGGCGAUGCGGAAGUCUUUUUCCUUGCAAAACGAGGAAGCGUUGCGGUUGAGAUUGAACCCUUGCAGCUUGCCGAAGCAGACGCUGCUUUCCUGUGGAGUGGCGUUGUGGACGAUGGGGGGCGUUGUGUGUUGCUGUGGGAACGAGCGGCGCCAUCGUUUGGUGGGGCAGAAAACAUGCUGGUGGUUGCUGUAGUGGAUGAAAACGGCGCCGUUGAAGUUGCCGCAGACGCGGAGGAUGAGGCCAACGGCGAGCCGAACGACACGGGAAUAGAGGCGGGGGUUUCCAGGCACGCCGUGCUGGAGAUCAAAGGGAUUUCCACACGCCACCUGCGGGCGUCGGUGAGUCGAGCGCGUGGGUUCGGUGUGUUUUACGCAAAUGAGCGCUUUGUGGUGGUGGAUUUCUACGGUGGCUGA